AUGGUUGAAUCAGAACCAAAAUUUUAUAUCCCAGAGUCAUUUCAGGUGAACUAUGAUGUGUCAAGUCAAUUUAAGAUGAUAUGGAAUGUGAUGAAAGCACCAUUGAUUGUUCCUUUUUUGAAUGCUUGUGUUUACAUUUCAUUAGCAAUGGCUCUUAUGCUUUUCAUGGAGAGAGUUUAUAUGGGUAUUGUUAUUGUUUUGAUUAAACUCUUCUGGAAAAAACCUGAACAACGUUAUAACUAUGAGCCUCUUCAAGACGAUGAAGAACUCGGUGGCUCUAAUUUUCCAGUUGUUCUUGUUCAAAUUCCAAUGUUCAAUGAAAGAGAGGUGUACAAGGUUUCCAUUGGAGCUGCUUGCGGGCUUUCGUGGCCGACGGAUCGACUCGUGAUCCAAGUUCUUGACGAUUCUACGGACCCUGUUGUUAAGCAAAUGGUGGAGAUGGAAUGCCAAAGAUGGGCGAGUAAAGGAAUAAAUAUAACAUACCAAAUCAGAGAAAACAGAGUUGGUUACAAAGCUGGUGCAUUGAAAGAAGGAUUAAAACGUAGCUAUGUUAAACAUUGUGAAUAUGUUGUUAUUUUCGAUGCUGAUUUUAGUCCACCACCUGAUUUUCUUAGAAGAGGCAUUCCUUUUCUUGUUGGAAAUCCUGAACUUGCUCUUGUUCAAGGUCGUUGGCGCUUCGUGAAUGCUAAUGAGUGUUUGUUGACAAGAAUGCAAGAGAUGUCUUUGGAUUAUCAUUUCACAGUUGAGCAAGAAGUUGGUUCAGCUACUCAUGCUUUCUUUGGUUUCAAUGGGACUGCUGGUAUUUGGAGAAUAGCUGCUAUCAAUGAAGCGGGAGGGUGGAAAGACAGAACAACAGUUGAAGAUAUGGAUCUCGCUGUCCGAGCAAGUCUUAGGGGAUGGAAAUUUUUGUACCUUGGUGACCUCCAGGCAAACAGCGAACUUCCAAGUACUUUGAGAGCCUUCAGAUUCCAGCAACAUCGAUGGUCUUGUGGUCCGGCUAAUCUGUUCCGCAAAAUGGCAAUGGAUAUUAUAAGGAACAAGAAAGUGAAGUUUUGGAAGAAAGUGUAUGUCAUAUACAGCUUUUUCCUUGUUCGUAAAAUCGUAGCUCACAUGGUCACUUUCUUCUUCUACUGUCUCGUAAUUCCUCUCACGAUUUUGGUUCCCGAGGUUUAUGUUCCAAUUUGGGGAGCUGUUUAUAUUCCUUCCAUCAUCACCAUUCUCAACUCCGUCGGAACACCAAGGUCGAUUCAUCUUUUGUUCUAUUGGAUCCUUUUCGAGAAUGUCAUGUCUCUGCAUCGUACCAAGGCGACCCUUAUCGGUUUGUUAGAAUACGGAAGGGCCAACGAAUGGGUUGUAACCGAAAAACUCGGAGAUUCCGUUAACAACAAUAAAGUCAAAUCUGAUGCUGCUGCCAAGAAGGGCCAUGUCAAGGUUCAAAAGAAAACAAGAUCCAAAUUUAUGGAAAGGCUAAAUUUGUUGGAGCUGGGAUUUGCAGUCUUUCUCUUCUUCUGUGGAUGCUAUGAUUAUGUGCAUGGAAAACACAACUACUUUAUUUACCUCUUCCUUCAAACCUUAACCUUCACAAUUGUAGGAUUUGGUUAUGUUGGAACCAUAGUGUAA